AUGUAUUAAUAAGUCAAACCAAAUUAAAAUGCUUUAUUUGAAUCAUUAAAAAAACCACUCACUAAACUUAUAUAAGCUAGAAAUUCAUUCAUUGAUUUAACUUAAUCUAACUAAAGGUAGGAAAUAUUAUUAAUUAUAUAAUAAGGAUAGAACCUCAAAUAAUUGAAUCAAAUUAAUAAGCAAAAAAAGUUACUGAAAUAAAAGAGCGUUCUCAUAAUAUAUUAUUUUAUUUUAUAAAAAGGUAUCAAAUUACUUGA